AUGUUUUGCAAUUAUUUUUACCAUAGACGUUACGGACCACCACUACCCCUAUCAUCGUACCCAAGUCUGAGUGAUGCAACUGAGAAUAAAUUAUAUUCUCGUCAAGAUUAUUACCCCAGAGCCGCGGAUCUCAACUCCUUUUACCCUAAUUUGAAUCCAAUCGAAUGGGGCUAUAUACAAACUCAAAUCAGUGACACCGAUGAUGGUGGAAUUCGAAGAACUCGCGAUGUGCAUUCCAUCAGCAAAUCUAAACUAGACAGUUAG